AUGUCUACUAUAAAGAAAUACUUUCUCAAUCUGAAUUUAUUCGCACUCUCAUCCGAUUCUAACGAAACACAAACUGAUCAGCAACGUCGAUGGAACAUUAUUGGUACUCGCGUCUACCUCAUACUUCUCACGUUAACUCUUGUCAUUCUCACGCUUGUCAUAUCUUUACUUCGACAAACGACCAUCAUUAUCAUCAAGAGUCCGACACGCGAGCAAUUCGACUCUCUCCCUGUCGAUGCAACGUGUUCCUGUUCACAGAUAUCGAUUCCGUAUGGUAAAUUUGUUUCGCUGAACGCGAGUUUUCAUCAAGUAUGUUCGAGUGACUUUGUCAGCGAUCGAUGGAUUAAAGCAAUUGACUUUCGAGCACAAUCGGAACUUGACUCCCUAGGCGAUUUUCGAGCGUAUGGCAGUGCUCAAUUUCAGAUACUUGCUACAUUCUGUCGUUUGUCGAAAUCAACGAUCGAAUAUAGAAGAUCUUCUCUUUUUCAAAGCACAAUACUAAGUCCGCAAGUUCUCAAAAAAGACGAUCUUCAGUUUCAUGUCAAAGAAGUCGUUAAUCAAGUGAAACUCAAAGCGCCAAAACUUUUUCAAUCUCAAAUUCGAUUGAUCAAUGAAAUGGUGACUAACAACCACUUGGCAACGGCAUUGAUGAGCAAUUUUAUAUACCAUUAUCAGAGUCCUAAACUCAAUAUACUGUAUUUAAACUAUGAUGAAGUGAACGGUAACACUUGUGAAUGCGACAAUUGGCUCGGCUGUCGUAAAGUACUAGCAUGGUUUUUCAAAAUUGCUCCAAAUUCAUAUACUUCAACAUUUUACUAUCCGGCAUGGUCAAUACCCGGAAUUUCUGAUGGCUGCUUACCAACAUAUUCCUUACUUCUUUCAACACUGGAAUGUUUUUACGAUCAGCUUUGUGUAGACGAAAUCAUUUCGUAUUUUCCAACAAAUCAAACAUUCAAAGCCAUGAUACCUUACAUGCAGAGUAUCUUCACCUUAGAUUCAGAUGUGCAAACGAUAGUUGCCGGUCUGAUGAUUGAGCAGUGGAUGACGUAUAUGUCCUAUGAUGAAUAUUAUCAAAAAUGUGCACCAUCUAUGUGUAAUUAUUUGCACACAUCUCGACGUGGUUUUGUUUACGCUUUAGAAAAAGUGGUUAGUUUAUUACCUAGUUUGAUAUUGAUGUUUGAACUAAUUAUUUCGCUUGCUAUUCGACUGAUUUUAAAAAUCAAAGAUCGAACACCAAUACAACGGAUGUCUUUCAAAAACCGCUUACGAAGUCUGAAAAACUUCACUGAAAAGAUUAUGAUCGAACUAAAUAUUUUCAAGCGAGAUCGUAGCACUCAUCGAGAAAUCCGUUUACAACGCUAUGCAACGCGAAUCUAUAUAUGUUUAUUGAUCGCGAUGACAAGCAUUUUCACAUUUUAUACAUUCUUGGCAAAGUCAUCACAAUCGAAAACUGUACACGAUCCAACUGAACUUCAGUUUAGCUACCUUGAAAAGCAAUAUCCACGAUCAUUGUCAUGUUCGUGCAGUUCCGCGCUUAUACCUUAUUCCGAUAUUGUAAAAAUCCAACCUCAGUAUCAUCAAUUAUGUACGAGUGAUCUGAUUUCUGAUAGAUGGAUCAAAUACAUAGAUGACACGCACUCUGCUACUCAGCUGCCUAUGGACUACCGCUUUGUCGGCAGCACGUAUUUUAAAUUAUUAUCGAUAGUUUGUCGAUUGGCUAAUGAAACGAUUACUAAUGCACUUGAUAUAUUUCUUCAAUCACAGUUCGUCAGUUCACAAAUGAUAUCCGAAGAACUUUUUGAAAAACAGAUGAACUCGCUGAUCGAAGACUGGAAAGUGACAACUCUGAAUACGUUCAAAAGCACUAUUCAGUUAAUACGUCAAAGUAUAGAUGGAAAUCAGUUAAUUAGUGCCGAUCAUAAUUUCUCUCCUGUUUUACGGCGCGACUCAAAUGGAAAUUUAUACGAAUGGUCAUAUCUUCCUGAAUGUGAUUGCAUUUUGAAUAGAUCUUGUCUUUUUCCGAUAACAAUUUUAUAUUUCAUAGAAGUUCCCUAUGUCGAAGAGUUUACGGUUCCAAACAUCUUUCGUGGUUGCUAUCCAAUACAUGGAUUAUUUUCAUCAACAUUACAGUCAUUUUAUAAUCUUUCAAUCAUGACAACAAUGCACUAUAUUCUGUAUAAUCAAACGUCAUUCGAUUUUUCACCUCUCGAUCCGAAUCUAAGUUCAUACACUGAAACAAUCGAAACGCUUGUCAAUCGAAUGAUGAUCGAUGGUUGGCCAUCAAAUGUUUCCUUUGCUUCUUAUUUCAACAUCUGUGCACCACAUGCUUGUUCUUAUCAAUACCAAGGUCGCAGCGAUCUCUUCUUUAUUAUCGCAACCAUCAUAAGUGUUUUCUCUGGCAUAUCACUCGGACUGAACAUUAUCAUACAGAUUUUUCUUCAGCUGAUUUACAAACUUAUCACUUUCGGAUUGUCUCGUUCGAUUCUUCGACAGCUAUUCACCUGUGACACACAAAGUAGAAUCAUUCGUCGACUUCACAUUCUCCUCGUUAUUUGCAUUCUCACUGGAUUCUGCAUGUUCUCGGCAUUCACUCCUCGUCUUGUCACCGUCCAAGUGAGCAAACCUUCGUUACCUAUCUACAAAAAUCUACUCGAACGAUCUUCUUAUACUUUGGAAUGUUCUUGUUCACAGUUGUCAGUCAAACACAAAUCAUUUCUCAACAUCACGCCUAUUUUCCAUGCGAUCUGUUCGAGUGAAUUUGUGUCUAAUGAAUGGAUCUCGUAUCUGUUUCACAAGAAGUUCUCCGAUGAUCAGAUACCGGCGAGUGACUUUCUCUAUUCAGCUGUUGGCCAGUUUCAGUCACUUUCAUUGAUUUGUCAGCUGUCAAAAGAGACAGUGAUGGAUGCGAUUCUUCAAUUAGGAAUAAGUGACUUUAUCAACAAUCAACUGUUACCAUUCGAGGUGUUACAUAAUCGAAUAGAAACAAUGGUGAAGGAAUUCCAAUUAACAAUGCCUGAGACAUUUGUGAAUAGCUUUUCGAUUGUUCGUGGGAUAACGAAUGGCAACAUGCUGAUGUCCGUCUAUAUGACCAACUGGGUAAUGAAUAUUGAUCAUGUUUUUGAGUACAGACACCAGCCACAUAUCCUACCAUUAACUUACGAUAAAUGCAGUUGUUCAUCUUCAGCUACAUGUACAAGUUCAUCACGAGGAAUGUUAACUGGUUGUUAUCCACUCGAAGCACUUCUGCAAUCAACAUUAUCUUGUCUCUAUGAUCAACAGUGUAUUGACCCAACAAGUACUUUUAAAGUAAUGAACAUGUCUUCUGCACUAUUAACCAGUCGAUUUGCAUUGAAUGAAACCAUCCAGACACUUGUGAAUGGACUGAUGGUCGAAAAACUGAUGCACACUGUGAGUUAUGAAGACUAUUUCGAAGCGUGUUCUCCAUCAUUAUGUGUGUAUUCAUAUGUUGAUGAGCGAAAUAUGACCAAUGCAGUGACAACGCUGACUGGUCUGUUUGGUGGUGUGGCUGUGAUUUGUCAAUUGGUUGCAAUGUUCAUAGUGAAGCGAAUGUGUAGAACAAGUUAA